AGUAUUAUUCCCUGUAGAGUACAUGAUUUUCCAACAAGCUUAGCACGUCACUCAUGUAACCUAGCAUUUUUAUUCUCAAUGGAAUUUGUACUCUUUUGAACUGAAGGCAUUAAAGAAGGUAUUUUUUUAAUUCAGGAUGGAAGCGAAUGCAAGCAGUGGUCAGCUCCUGAACAGCAGAGGUCAGAGAUCAUUAAUGUCUAACUUAAAUCCAGUAAUGAGUGAUUUUGUGUCAGAUUGGUCUCUCAUGCACGAUGCAUCUAUACAUGGCCGCACAUUGGCUCUAAGCAAACUUUUAAGCCAGGGAUACAGUGUGAACCUCACUACAGCAGAUCAUGUAACUCCACUUCAUGAAGCAUGCCUCGGGGGCCACCCGGCUUGUGUCCGUGUCCUGUUGAAACAUGGAGCUCAGGUCAAUAUUCCUAACAUUGACUGGCAAACGCCCAUGUUUAAUGCAUGUGUCAGCGGCAAUGUGACCUGUGUUAAUUUACUCCUAGAACAUGGAGCCAGCCCUCAUGCAAAAUGUGAUGUAGCCUCCCCAAUCCAUGAAGCAGCUAAACGAGGACACACAACCUGCGUGGAAUCUCUUGCGUCUGCUGGGGUCAGUGUGCAGCAAUAUGUAAAACACCUGGGUACACCACUUUAUCUUGCCUGUGAAAAUCAAAAGGUGGAUACUGUUAAGAAGCUUCUUGAGUUUGGUGCAAGUGCAAAUGUUGGUAAAGAUCUGGACUGCCCUUUACACGUAGCGGCAAGGAAUGGCAACGCUGACCUGGUAAACCUGCUCUUUGACUUUGGAGCAAAUGCAUAUUGCAUAAAUGCUGAAGGAAAACGGCCUUCGGAAUUGGUUUCCCAGCACUGCAAGCUAAAGAACAUUUUUCAGACAAAAGAAGGGCCAAUGUCGUUGAUGCAGAUUUGUCGCAUUUUUCUCCGAAAUUACUUUGGACAAAUAAUCAAUGCUAGAAUACAUGAAUUUCAGCUUCCAGAUUCGUUAAAACAUUUUCUUUUAUAUAAGUAAUAUAUAAUUUUGUAUAGUUUUAAUGUUAUAUCACAAAAAAUACAUAAAAAAAAAAGAAAAUAUUCAUUUCAAUGUGCCAUAAUCCCAGAGUUAUUCAGGCAUAUUCAGUCACUAUGAAAAGAAUAAAUGAUAAUACUUGCUGCAUCUAUUGAUGAGGGAUUUAAUACAGGUUUCUUCCAAUGUACGGUCGGUACGCAGCACUGUGUUACUAAAAUCUUUUUACUGGGUUAUGAAUGAAUGAAUGUUUCAGAGCAUUUGUUUUUACAAUGAAUGUAGUGUGCAUUGUCUUUUCUAAACAAAUGCUGAACAAUUACAUUCUGACAUCUAUUGUUUUUAAAAGAUGAUAAAUAUCCCUAUUUUGAAUGUGACAUUUAAGAUUUUAAAUUGUGUAUUCAAUUGUGGCCUCUGUACUAGUCUAGAAAAAACAGCAUUCACAUGGUUAAAUUUUGCUGUAUUGUAGGUGAUCGCUAUUUCAAAUUUUAAAUUCAAAUAUUUAACUGUAAAAUCUGAAACAUUCAACAGAGGAAACUGUAAUCAAGGGAAAAAAAUAAUUUCAAGAAAAACAUUAGC